GGGGCAGAUACACGUGAUAGGUUUGGUCCUCCCCGCGAACGCUUCAAAGGCAUUGUUUUCGGCUAAGAAAGGUACGCUCAUAUAUAACAGACUCUCUCUCCUCGCUCUCUCCAUCUCUUUACAGAUCUCGAUCCCCAAUAAUUCCAUUGCUCCUCUAGGGUGUGGCUUCACAUUUGGUACUUACAUUAGUUGGCAUUCACUUCUAAUUAGGGAUAGUGUUUCGUUGAAAAGCAAAUUAGCCUUGUUUCUGUGAGUGUUGAGACGUUUGAUUGAAGGAAAUCGGAAACGAGAGGGGUGAACUGAGUAGAUUCUGAAGGAACUUGGUGAUCAGGUCUUCUGAAGAAGAUCUGAGCCUUAGGGGCUGAAAUGAGCGCUUCCAGGUUCAUAAAAUGCGUCACAGUCGGUGACGGAGCUGUUGGUAAGACUUGUCUGUUGAUUUCCUACACCAGCAACACCUUUCCCACGGACUACGUGCCCACUGUUUUUGAUAACUUCAGUGCAAAUGUAGUUGUCAAUGGGAGCACCGUUAAUUUAGGCUUAUGGGAUACUGCUGGACAAGAGGAUUACAAUAGAUUAAGACCUUUGAGUUAUCGUGGGGCCGAUGUUUUCAUUUUGGCAUUCUCUCUUAUAAGCAAGGCUAGUUAUGAGAAUGUUGCAAAGAAGUGGAUUCCUGAGUUGAAGCAUUAUGCCCCUGGUGUCCCAAUUGUUCUCGUUGGAACAAAACUUGAUCUUCGGGAUGACAAGCAAUUCUUUAUAGACCAUCCUGGUGCUGUGCCCAUUACUACGGCUCAGGGGGAGGAGCUGAGGAAGACAAUUGGUGCCCCUGCUUACAUUGAAUGUAGUUCAAAGACACAAGAGAAUGUAAAAGCAGUUUUUGAUGCUGCCAUUAAAGUUGUGCUCCAGCCUCCGAAGCAGAAGAGAAAAAAAAGCAAGGCGCAAAAAGCAUGCUUCAUAUUGUGAUGACAAAUAGUUAGAGGAGAUGAUUGUUCAACCAUUCUCGUUGUAUUCUGCCCUUUGUGUCUUUUUCCCCUUUGUCUCAGAGGGAGCAGGAGGUUAUUUAUGUCUCCACUGAAGUGCUAGUGAUUGCUGUUAAGUGUAUGGUGGCUUGUUUUACUUGUUGUCCCACUACCAAGUCGGCCACCACAUUCUCCCCACCUGGUUUUGAUUUGCUUUAUGUAUUAAUUGAUGAGAAGAUCCAAUUAGGAAAACAAGUUUACCUUGCAAUGAUGCUUUCUGUUCUCUUUCUGCGUCUGGAUUUAAGAAAUUGGAGAUGUCUGUAAUGCUGUUCUAAUUGUGUAGUUCAUAAG